AUGGAUAAGACAUUUGAUUCAGUUAAUGCCAGGACAAUCAACCCUGAGUUAGGAAAACCACUAAGAAGUGCAGUAACAGAUAAAUCUUCCCAUAUGGAUCACUGGAAAUAUGCCAUCAAGGUUUUUGAAUCUAUGAAGUUUGUCAACAAAACUAACGGUAAAACUACGAUACCCCCUUGUAUCAAGAACUGGAUAAUAUCUCUUAAAUCAUUUAUAUACCUUUGGCUUCAACUGAAAAAACGUAAUUUUAAAUAUUUCUUACCAAGGCAAGUCAACCAAGAUUCUUUAGAAUGUUUUUUCGGUAGUGUCCGCAGUCAUGGUGUCAGAAAUAUCAAUCCAGAUGCAUAUCAAUUUGUUUGUUCAUUUAAAACAUUAUUGAUAAACAAUUUCACAUCGUUAAAAUCUGCUGGAAAUUGUGAACACGAUGAUACUGAUGGAACAUUGGACAAUUUAAAGCAAUUUAUUGAAAGUGGCACACAUUGUGUCUUAAAAGAACCUGAAGAGAACAAUAUUAUAAUUGAUAUACCCAUGUUAGACCUACCACAUACAUUUGAAGUAUGUGAUUUCACUGAUAUGACAAUUGGAUAUAUAAGUGGAUAUUUAGCUUGUACGGUGCUAAAGGAAAAUAAAUUUUGUAGACUUUGCAAAAAUGUUCUUAUUUCAAAUGUCAAAAAUAAUAAUUUAAUAAGAGUUAGAGAUUAUACAACCAAAUCAUUACUUUAUCCUAGUGAAAGCUUUCAAAAAAUAAUAUAUCAAAUGUUGUAUACAACCAAAUAUAUUUUACCUAGUAUUGACAGUGAAAGUAUAGGCAAGCAAUUGAUAUUAUUAUUUGAAAUAAAUAUAGAUUUUACAAUUAAAUGUCCUAUUCAUGAUAUAAAAUAUUUAAUUUAUGAUAAAUUCAAAAACUUUUUUCUAUUCACUUACAUUAAACAUAUAAACCAUAUUUUAAAUGGUUUGGAUAGAAGUAACCAUUCAAAAAGUACAGAUAUUCUUAAAACAGCUUAA